AUGCCUUUGCAUUUAGUAAAGAUUUUUGAAUCUAAUGUUAUUGAGCAUUUUCCACAAGAUUCACAAUAUGGUGCACCUCAAAAAGUACUUCCAUUAACAGUAAUAAAAGUAAGAGAGGCUGAAGCAGUACGCAUACGUACUAUACGUCAAUGUACGACAAUGCAACAAAGAUUGAACCGUUUAGAAAAGAUUCAUGAUAUUGACCAAUCUAAGGAAGAGUUAAAUAAUAAUCAAUUGCAAAUAUCAACAGAAAACGUUUUAAAACAAUUCGUGAAAACAACGAAUGAUAUUUAUGAAGAAACAGAUAAAUAUUCUUCAAGCGCACAGCAGCCUUGUAUCGGCGCACAGCAGCCGAUUUUCGCAGGCGCACAGCAGCCUUGUAUCGGCGCACAGCAGCCGAUUUUCGCAGGCGCACAGCAGCCUUGUAUCGGCGCACAGCAGCCGAUUUUCGCAGGCGCACAGCAGCCUUGUAUCGGCGCACAGCAGCCGAUUUUCGCAGGCGCACAGCAGCCUUGUAUCGGCGCACAGCAGCCGAUUUUCGCAGGCGCACAGCAGCCUUGUAUCGGCGCACAGCAGCCGAUUUUCGCAGGCGCACAGCAGCCUUGUAUCGGCGCACAGCAGCCGAUUUUCGCAGGCGCACAGCAGCCUUAUUCACAAUAUGGUGCACCUCAAAAAGUACUUCCAUUAACAGUAAUAAAAGUAAGAGAGGCUGAAGCAGUACGCAUACGUACUAUACGUCAAUGUACGACAAUGCAACAAAGAUUGAACCGUUUAGAAAAGAUUCAUGAUAUUGACCAAUCUAAGGAAGAGUUAAAUAAUAAUCAAUUGCAAAUAUCAACAGAAAACGUUUUAAAACAAUUCGUGAAAACAACGAAUGAUAUUUAUGAAGAAACAGAUAAAUAUUCUUCAA